ACAAGUGAACGAUUUUCACUCGAUUUCGGUUUCUAGAGUUCUUUUUGACUCGACCAGCCUCGUUCCCACUGCUCCAGUCGGUCACUCCUACCGUGUUGCAACAUAUCUGCACUCGAGAUCAGCCUUCGUCACACGACUAGUCCUCAUCAAACCUGAAAGAUGCGGUCUUCGAUUCUUCUCGGCGCGGUACUUCCGUUCGCUCAGGCCAUCCGAAUCAUUCAAUCGAACGAUGACGGGUGGGCUGAGGCUAACGCGCGAACAUUCUUCGAUGCCUUGGACUCGGCAGGCCAUGAUGUUGUUUUGUCUGCUCCAGCGGAGAACCAAUCCGGCACUGGCUCCAGCGAUGCCACCCCUACGCAAGUCGGCUCAAGUGGCUGCGAAUUCUCCUCAUGCCCCGGAGGAAGUCCCCCAACGGGCGCAAACGCAACCGAUCCACGACUGAACUACGUAAACUCGUACCCAGUCACAAGCAUCAAGAACGGCAUCGACGUGACAGGUCCAAAGCUCUGGAACGGAGCCAAACCCGAACUCGCCGUCAGCGGACCCAACGUGGGCUCAAACGUCGGACCUGGCGGCCUGUUCAGUGGAACCAUCGGCGCGGCGACGUACGCAGCUCACACCGCGAAGAUCCCGGCCAUUGCCUUCAGUGGCCGCACUGGAGACCCCGCGGCUUGGAACCAGCCUACACCAAAGUACAGCAAAGUGUAUGCCGACCUCGCGUUGAACUUGACCACCACACUUAUCGACUCCGGAGCCCCUUACCUCCCUGACGAUGUCUUCCUCAAUGUCAACUUCGGCGAAGUGUCGGACUCGACUUGCCACGAUGCUAGCCAGUUCAAGUUCAUCUUCACUCGCGUCAACACGGGGCUCCUGAGUGCACGGGAUACAGAGUGGUGUGGAGCUACUCGUCUUCCGUGGGAAGUCGAUGUCAUCUAUCUCAGGGGAGGCUGCUACGUGACAGUCAGUGCUGGAGACGCAAGCGACAAGUCCACAACCGAUGCCGCGCGACAGAAAGUGGUGUUGGAUAAGCUGAAGCCGCUCAUCUCUUGCUUGUAAAGAGCUGCACAGUUAUCACGUCGCCAUGUUUCACGCUUUAGAUAGAUAGCAUCAAUAUAUAUCCCUUCCGAAAAUCUCGUUGCCCAAGUAUGCCAGGUCAAAUCAGAAGCCACACAACACACAACCGAAUCUAUGACUCAAUCAUCCCAUCUCAUACCCCAACUGAACCAUUACCCCUUCCUCCUCCUGACCUCCAACUUACCCAAUCAAGCAACUCCCACCAAAAAAAAAACAACCAUCGAAUACUGUAAUAUCAGAAGUCAACUCACAAAGCACCCGCCUUUCCCCAACAAACCAAACAAAAAGAAUGCUUCGAUCC